AUGAAGCGGAUUAAUGUUACCGGGAAUCUGUUAUUACUUUACACGGGCAUAAUCCUUGUGAUUGUAUUUAACGUUAUAGCUGACCGAUCGUCAGUGUUUCCCGGUCCAAGAUUCGAACAUUCAUCUGUGCUCAAGGAUUCCACACUUUACUUCAUCGGUGGCGUCACCGACUCCGACAGUCCUUUCUAUUCUCUUGACGUAUCAUCUUUCUUCACGUCCUCUACUCCUUUGCCGGAACAGUUGUCCUUUACUAAAUUAUCACCAACAACGAAUAACCUUCCUUUAAUAAACGACACAGGUCUCAACUUUACUCCUGUUGUGCUAUGCGGUCCGGAAAAUGAACAGAACAUUUACCUGUUCACGAAUAAGCCUCCACAAUCGAUAAUUUCGAUAUAUAAUCUUACAUCAUGGACACUUGAAGUUAGUGAUAAACAACAAAUUGGGAAUUGGCAGACUACUCAAGCGAUUUGCGAUGACAAAAGAAUAUUAUUAUUUCAAGGCAUACAAGAUGUGAUAAUGAGCGGUGACAAGAUUAACGCGCCCGGCGUAUUUCUUUAUUACGAUUUGGUGAGCUCGACACUAACCAGUGAAUUGUCAGUGGAUCCAAAAAUCCAUGGAUUAGUGAGACCGUUUAUUGUUCAACUGAUCGACGGAAAUGUGUUAAUGAUUGGUGGGAAGAUGAGAAAGAUAGAUGGAGCCUUCGAAUAUAGAUCCAUGUCCGAGCUUAAUAUUUACGAUCCAAAUACUAGUACAUGGAUUAGCAUGAAUGCAACGGGUCAAAUUCUCGCCGGUCGAGAAUCAUUUUCGCUAUCACCAACACAGGAUGGAAGAUUAAUUCUAUAUGGUGGAAUAAAUAACGUAAACACGAACCCAAUAUCGCCGGAUAUAGCGGUGCUUGAUACUACCAGUAAUCCUUUUCGAUGGUCAACUCCGGAAGUACUUUCUCCAAUACCCUCGAGAUAUUCUCAUACUGCCAAUGUUGUAGGAAAUAAUUUGAUCGUUGCUUUUGGACUGAUUAUACAAGGGAACUCAUCCAUACCAACAUCAGAACUUCACGUUCUUGAUAUUUCCUCUACCUCCAAAUUUACCUGGAUCCAAUCUUAUUCUCGUUCACCUUUUCCCUUGGUCUAUCAAUCAACUAUCUCGCUGGAGGCCGACUACCCUAGAAUUCAGCGACGGAGCGACGAUUUCGUCGUUCACAGAUCCACUUUUGUAGUUCUUUUAAUGACGUUCCUCGUCGUCGUUAUUUUUCUGGUAUCUGUCAUCAUAGUAAUGUGUCGAAACAACGUGAUCCAUCUACAGAUAGUGAAGGACAAAAAUCAUGAUGAAGAGUCUCCAAGUAUAAUAAGCAUGGACAAUUCUAUUAUAUCGUAUGAAGGUCAGAUGGAUGAUACGAAGGGAAAAAAAAGUAUGAACGGUAAGAAGGAUCGCACGGAUAAAGCAAUAAAAUUUGUUAUUGUCAAUGAGGCUGAGAGUCCCGAUAAAACGCUUGAAGGACAAUAUGUCAAACCAAAUUUUGAUGAGCAUAACGAUACGCAUAGUGAUACUGGAUCGAUGGUACAAAAACACCGUGACGAAGAAUAUCAAUCGUUUAGUGAUAUCGAUAGGAGGAAUGGAAUUAAUUUCAGUAAGUUUGGAGCGGUGAGAACAGAUUUGAAGGACAUGGUGAAUGUUAGUAAAAGGGGUGGCGUCGACUUCACUCCAGUUAAUAACGAUCAAGAAACUCAAGGAAAUAACAAAACAGAUCAAACUUCUACAGAACAUGCUGACAAUGAGAAUAGCGUUCAGGUUGAAAAUGGAAGGAUAUCACAGAAAGGCACUAUUUCUACUUAUAACGAUUAUCAGGAUGAAGAGGAUACUAGAAAUUUCUAUGCAAUGGACUUUGAAGAUUUAAGUGAAAGUUCCAAUGCUCCAUACGCGAACCUACCAGCAUCUACUCAAUCUGUUGUACCAUCAACUCAGAAAGUGCAGCCGUCGACACCAAUAAAUCGAACAUUCAAAUCAUCACACUCUUCGAUAUCACAGAAUUCCUCCGUAUCGUCAUACUCGCGAUAUUCUCCAGAGAUAGUAACUCUACCAUCCACACCACGCCUGACAUUACCAUCCACACCACGCCUGACAUUACCAUCUACACCACGCCUGACAUUACCAUCCUCACCACGCCUAAUAACUUUACCAUCAUCGCCACGUUCAACAAUAAUACCCUCACCACAUUCAAAAACCUUUUCAUCAUUGCCCCGUUUAAAUAAUUUACCAUCUUCACCACAUUUAAAAACCUUUUCAUCAUUGCCACAUUUAAAUAUCUUAUCAUCCUCACCACAUUCAACAUCAUCUUCUUCACCACGUCUAAUAACCUUACCAUCUUCGCCACGGUCAACAUUAUCUUCUUCACCACGUCUAAUAACCUUACCAUCUUCGCCACAGGAAAGCUCCACUAUUUCUCGCAUACCUCCCACCCUCAACAUAUGGAAACCAAAUCCAAUUAAUCAGUCGAAAGAAUCCAUCCUCCCUUCUCAAACCAACCUGAAUUACAGUAGAGAAAAUGCGAAGAGAGUUGUGCAAACAGAAUUCGCUGAAAAGGAAUCCAAUGGAUUUGAUUUUAAGAAAAUUAUAAAUUUCGGUGGGGUUAAAAUGUAG